AUGGCGGCAGCCCAGGGCACCAGGGAGCACACGGCGUAUGCGCCCGGCAAGAUAGUCCAGGGCAUGUUGGAAGCAUCGACGGAGAUAGAGUUCACCCACGGCUCGUCGGGGAAGCUGCACGUCAUUAGUGACAAGGUCCAGCAGCGCAGCAUCUUCCGCCCGGACUUCAACUUCGAAGAGCUGGGCAUCGGGGGCCUAUCGAAGGAGUUCGGGAAUAUCUUCCGCCGUGCAUUCGCUUCGCGGGUCUUCCCGCCCCACAUCGUCCGGGACCUGGGCAUCAACCACGUCCGUGGCAUGCUGCUGUACGGCCCGCCCGGCACGGGCAAGACUCUGAUCGCCAGGCAGCUGGCCAAGUUCCUGAAGGCGGCCGAGCCCAAGAUAGUCAACGGUCCCGAGAUGAUGAACAAGUACGUGGGGCAGUCGGAGGAGAACAUUAGGAACCUUUUCGCCGAUGCCGAGAAGGAAUACAAGCAGCAGGGCGAUAACUCGCAGCUCCACGUGAUCAUUUGCGACGAGUUUGACUCGAUGUGCAAGGCGCGAGGGUCGACGGGCGAUAGCACAGGAACCAAUGACAGCAUGGUCAACCAGCUUCUGUCCAAGAUCGAUGGUGUCGACUCCCUGAACAACAUCCUUCUCAUCGGCAUGACCAAUCGAAUAGAUCUUAUUGACGAAGCAGUGCUGAGGCCAGGGCGGCUGGAGGUUCAUGUGGAGAUUAACCUGCCCGACGAGAAUGGCCGCGUCGAGAUUCUGAACAUUCAUACCAAAACUGCCCGGGCGAAAGGCUACCUGGACAGCGCGGUCUCCAUACCCGCACUCGCUGCGAAGACAAAGAAUUUUUCCGGUGCCGAACUGGAGGGUUUCGUCCGUGCAGCCACCUCGUACGCCAUGAACAAGAGAGUGAAUUUCCAAGACGUUGCCAAGUCGAAGGACAUGGGCUCCGUGCUAGUCACCAAUGAAGGCGGGACGCCUUUUUCCGUCGGGGACAAGGAAAGCUUAUGUCGUUGUGCAGUUAUCGUCUUGGCGUAG